AUGGUUCCAAGAGUUGGAGAGAAGGUAGUGGACUGCAGAAGGGCCAAACGAAGUGACGACGACAGCAGUGAUAUCAGGGAUGAGGCGCAUCAAGCUUACUCAAUGAGGCAAAAAGACGUGCAGCUGGAUCGAAAAAAAUUGGACCGCAAGGCUGAUAAGACUUUAGUUUUUCCAGCACGUCUUCUGUUCUUCAGUUUCAGGAUUGUAGUAAAUAUGGCCAGUACUAUAAGUCCAUAUUUCUCAAUUGUAAAACGAUGCCCACUGCCGUCUCUCGCGCCUGUACCAAUUGGUGGAGGUCCUGAAGAGCCUACUUUCUAG